AUGGCGGCGGGCUACGGCGAGGAGCUCCUGGGCAGGGUGUCGGGCAUGGUGGCGGAGUGCACCCGGCGUGUGUCGCGCGCGACGCGGCGACUCCUCCGACGCCACCACGGCGCCGGUGGGCAGAGGAGGAGGAAGCACCAGACGACGACGUCGACGGCCGCAGCGGGUUCCGUGGUGGCGGCGGCGCUGUGCGCGCGUGGGGCGGCCAUCGACAAGGGGCGGGCGUCAGCGUCGUCGGGCGAAGCGCUGUGGAGCCGGCGGAUCUUGAUGGGGGAGCGCUGCCAGCCGCUGGACUUCGCGGGCGCCAUCCACUACGACAGCUUCGGGCGGCGGCUGGCGCGCCCGCCCAUGCCGCGCUCCGCAUCCUCCCUCUCCUGCCGCUCCACCUCCGGGUCUGGCCACAGCACCGCCGACGCCGACGUCUCCGACGCGAGCUUCCCGGCCGAGAACGACGACGUCGACUCGCCGUCAAGCUGA